GUUUAUCUAAAAGUUCCUUAAAUAUUCAUGAGUACUAAUGAAUAGGAAUUGCAAAAUAAAGUAGAAAAAUUGGUAGAUAAUGUAAAUAUCAAUAUUAAGACUUAGUAUUUGAAAAAGGCAAAGUCAUUUCAUAGAUAGAGAUCAUCUAUUUCUAUGAAUGAAGAAUAGAGAGAUUUAACAUAAGAGAUUGCAGAAAAAGAACUGUAAAAGGCCACUUUACUGGAAGAAUUGUUAAAACAAAUUUAGUUGAUUGUUGAUAAUUUAAUUCAAAGACACAUGUUUGAUGUGAAUUUUAUAUAUAUAUUCCUAGUUUCAAAAUCAACUUCUCCAUAUUUAGAAUGAACUGUAUUAAUUGAAGAAUAAGCAAUGCACUAUAGGAAGUUAGGAGAGUGCAAUAAAAUAGACUAUGGUUUUAUCAAAAAAUAGUUCCUUUACUGAUUUUAAUGAAUAAUUUCUCUAUGAUGAAUAAAUUAAAAAUCUGAAAAGCAAAAUCAAAAAUCUAAAGGAGGAUGUGAAUAAGAAGACACAAUAUCACGAUUCAUUGAUCAAUAUGCUGUUGGAUUAAUAGUAAUUAUUAUUUAUUAUAAAAUUAAAGGAAGGAUUUAAAAGAGAAUUUGAGAAAAAAUUAAUUUGAAUCCGAUGUUAAAUCCAUUGAAAAAAAAAUGCUUGAUUAAAUUUGGUUAAGUAAUGCAUAAUAUUAUUAGAUUAGGUGUUGAAACAUAAAGUAGGGAUUUUGUUGAAACGAAAUUUCAUUAACUGAAAUAACUGGCAGAACAAAACAAUUAGAAACAGAAAGGUAGUUUCUAAAGUAAAAAAUAGAAAAGGACGCUGUUAUGUGGACGAUCGUAAAUGAGUGCAAAUAAGAGAUGGAUAAAAUGAAUUUGAAGCUCAAUGGUGUUAACAGUAUUUUACAAGAGAUGAAAGAAAAUAACAACUGGUUUCCACAUAUUUGGAAAAGGAAAUGA